AUGCUAAGUGUUAAAGAAAUAUGCGCUUGCGCGGGGUGGGGAUGCUCUAAGACGGUUUCAGUCGCGCAGCUGAAACGCCGCAACAGGUCCCGAUGUUUAGAGCCGAAGGGGCAUGAAGGAAUGCCCCAAAAGAAUAAGCCGCACUUGGCCGUACGCCAUCUACACGACCCCCUGACAGCCUGCCUCGAUGCCGAUGGGACCUACAUAUGCACAGCCUACAAUUCCCGCUGCUACAUUAUACAAAAGGUGAGGGGCCUAGCAGUGGUCACGAUUCACCCCCCGAGCUGUCCUAUCCGAUCUGCAUACUUCCCUUUACCCAAGGUUCGGCCUUUAAAAGUCGUAUUUAACGAUUUUCGGCCCACCCUGUACAGAACACCCACGCUUUUCCUUUAUCUAGGCCCAAUGCCUAGUCACAUAUGGACUCAAUGCAACAGAUAG